UCUUUGAUUGUGUGACGGGCCGCGGCGAGAGCGGGGCCUCACUCACCUUAGAAAGAACGCUCUUGCUCCCGGUAAACGGGCGUGGAGGGACCCAGAGCCGACCGGACAAGUACAGAACCGGCUCCCACAAGCGAAGGCUAAACCGACCAAGAGCGUUUGUCGGCUUUAAGCUAGCGCCCGAGACGUAGAAUAGACGCGGAAAGCUGUUUUGUUGGCAGCCGUGUUGCUAACCAUCUCUAGCCGGAGUGGGGGGGGGGGUUAGCAAAAGCUAACCAGCUUUUGUAAUCCGCCGGCUAGACGCUGCAACUCCACCGCCGCACCACGAGCUCAAAAGUAGGAUUCUGAAACCGAGUUGCACACAGAGCUAAAGGACAAAGAAGGCACCGGCACUGGCAGAGCUGGUUCUGGGGCGAGGCCAAAGGACCAGACUCAAUGAGUGUCCAGCGAAAUGUCCGAGAAGUCAGGGCAGAGCACCAAGGCAAAGGAUGGCAAAAAGUAUGCAACCCUUAGCCUUUUCAACACUUACAAGGGCAAAUCUUUGGAAACCCAGAAAACUGCAGUCGCUGCCAGACAUGGCCUGCAGAGUUUGGGCAAAGUCGCUGCCAGCAGGCGCAUGCCCCCUCCGGCCAACCUGCCCAGCCUGAAGGCCGAGAACAAGGGAAACGACCCAAACGUCAACAUUGUCCCCAAAGACGGUAGUGGCUGGGCAUCCCGAAACGAGGGAGGAGAGGAGAGGCAACAGGAGACACCCCCACCCCAGAGCAAACCGGCAGUGCUCCCCCCUCAAGAGCUUUCCACAGGGGCAAGCCGUUCUUGGGCUAACAGCAAGCAGAUACAACUAGAUGGAGCUCCUCGUGUGAGCAGCCACUUCCACCAAGAAUUCCCCAGCUUGCAGGCAUCUGGCGAUGGGGAGAAAGAUGGCCAAGAGGAGGAGCCGUAUGGACCAGGCCCCAGCCUCAGACCUCAAAAUGUUGGCAGUUGGCGUGAAGGUGGUGGAAGGAAUUUGAACGCGGCACCUAGCCCCUCUGAGAUGGACAACAGGCCACCAGAAGAGGGAAGCGUUGUCCCCGAUACCUCCUCACCGCCCGAAGAAGCGGACGAGGCUGGCCGAAACCCAACCACUGACAGCCAGAGGGACAAGAGGGAUGGCAGGGAGAAGAUGCCGCCCUCGGGCCUUUCUCAGCCAAAGCUUAACGGAGGGCAGCAACCGCCAGCUGGGGUGCCCUCCCACUUCGACCCCACGUUUAGGAGCAUGAUGCCAUCCUAUAUGUUUCACGCCUAUCCUCAAAUGUCAUUUGGCCAAAGGCAAGGAAACCUCCGAUAUCCUGUGGCACAAGAUGGAGCAAAGGGUCCUCCUCGUUUAGCACGACCGCAGCAGCCACCCCCUCAGUCGUGGCUCCAGGAUCCAGACCGGCCUUCUAUCAUUAGCGCCACAGAACUCAAAGAGCUGGACAACUUGGACACAGAUGCUGAUGAGGGAUGGGCAGGAGCUCAAAUGGAGGUGGACUAUACGGAGAAGCUGAACUUCAGUGACGAUGAGGAGAACCAAGCUGCUAAAGAGAAAGGAGAAAACUGGGAGUGGAUGGGUAAAGUCGACCGUAUGAGGCCGCGACCUCCAGAUGUUCAGGAGAGCUGGAAGGAGGGCUCAGAGGAGCACGGAGUUGUUAAAACAUCAUGGGCAGACUGUGUAGAUCCCAGAGCACCAUCACCUGGCAGUGGGGGGCAGUACAACAAAGUGACUGCCCCACCAGACUAUCAGGGUGGUGCUCGUAUAGUUAGUGGCGGAGCUCCACGUGGCAGCAAACCACUGGCUGCACCAGCUGCUGCCGGCGAUGAGGACUCUGAUGCCUGGCGACAGAAGCGAAAAAAACCUGAGAUUUCUGAAGCUGUGGAACGAGCGAGGCGGCGGCGAGAGGAAGAAGAGCGCAGGAUGGAAGAACAACGCCUCGCUGCUUGUGCUGAAAAACUCAAACGCCUCAAUGAAAAACAUCGCCAGUCCACUGAGGGCAAAUCUGGCCCGCCUCAGACCACCUGUGAUGAUGGCAUCCCAGUUGUCACUCCACAAGAGGAAGCUCCAUCUGUACCUGAUCCUGCAUCCAGUCCUGCCCCUUCACACCCAGUUUUACAGCCACAGGCCUUGGGAGUGCAGACUCCUCUACCUGAAACGACGGAUCGGGAGGUGGAGAGGGUCAAGCUAGAAAGAGUCGAACCAAGUGCUGAGGAGGAGGUUCCCUUGCCUCAUCGGCCCACCUCCCCUGUCCAGAGGCCUGUGGUCGCAGCUCCUGAGCCUCAGAGUGAAGGAGAGAUCAUUUUGGCUGAGGUCUGUCCGCUCGCCGAUGAGAACCAAACCGAAAGGACAACUGUGCCUAUCCGAGACUAUUUCAACAUGGAGGAAAACAGAGUGGAUGAGCCACAUCUGUCACUGCCUCAGAUGGAGGCUCCCAGUGGUGAGGAUGUAGCCAUUGCACCCCCACAGCUAGAGGGUGAGGCGGCUGCUGCUAUGCGUCCUUCCCUCACCUCCGGUUACUCAAAGCAGUUUCAGAAAUCUCUGCCACCUCGUUUCCUCAGACAACAGGAGCAAAUGAAGCAGCAGCAGUGGCAUCAGCAGCAACAGCAGAGUGGGGGCUCUGUGUCACCAUCAGGCAGUAGAGUAGACGGAACGCCACAAAACCAACAGCAGCAACAUCGCUCAAUGUAUCAACCCAUCGGACCGCAUCACCAACACCUAGCCUCCAUGGGCUUUGACCCCCGCUGGCUAAUGAUGCAAUCCUACAUGGACCCCCGUAUGAUGUCAGGGCGCCCUCCCAUGGAUAUGCCAGCAAACAUUCAUACUGGGAGGAUGCAGCCAAAGCAGAUUGCUCGCAGAGAGCCGGGGGACAACUCUAGCUCUAGCUCAGACUCCUUUGACCACUUGACUCGACCCAUUCGUGACCAUGGCUUGCCCUCUGACUCGAGGAUUGUGUGGGGAUCUGACCCAUACCCACCACCUGAACCAUUGCCAGCCGUAACUCCUCCUAAAGUACGGGAUGACAUCAAGGAGCCAAGGAUGGACUCUGGUUUAGAUCUGGACAGGGGUCUCCCAGCAAUGUAUCCUCAGGAACACAGUGCAUUGGACUCCCGUAAAAGUAACUUCUUUAGGGACCCCCCUGAGCCCAUAUCAACCUUUUCACCGGGCCCCGCUGAUGUGCCUGGAUCUAUAGACCGGAUUCCUGUAACCCCAAGCUUCGACCCUGAUGAAGCGGGUCUACCAAGUGGGGAAGAAGUGGAAGCACUAGGCAAAGCUAUGCUGCAGAGAAGUGUCUCCCAGGGUUCCUGCCACUCCCUUAAACUUGAUGAGGCCAGGUUUGAUGGGCUACCACUGGGAAGCAACGCACUAGAGCUGCAAGACACAGUUGACAGGGCCGAUGAUAAGCCUCAGAACGAACUGUACCCACAAGUCGCAGUGACCAGCAACAGGGCCACGCCACCAGCUGACGGACUACACAAACAAGAGAAGCUGCCUUUGCCUACUCCUAGUAAGCAGAAGACUGAUCUACGCUGGGGUGGAAGAUCCGGCCUUGGUCGCAGAGAAGGACCUGGUGGGGAGAGACCCCUCCGCAGAUCUGGUCCAAUAAAGAAGCCUGUUCUAAGAGACAUGAAAGAAGAACGAGAGCAGAGAGAAGAGAGAGAGAAGCGUCAUGAGAGAGGAGAAAGGGGUGAUAGGACCAAAAAGGACCAGCCCUCCAAAGCUCCAUCAGUGACUGCUGCUGCUGCCGCCACUACUACUGGUGCUGUAUCAUCUGCAUCUGAAGGCUCCAGACCACAAGGUGAAGGCAAGAAAGAAGCUGCUGAGGUUGAGGAAACGCCAGCUGGUUUCCCGAAAGCCAGAGACUCUCAAACUUCCUCCGGCGCUCCUACUUCUUCCUCACAGGAAGAGAAGGCUGACAAACCACAGAGCACCGACAAACACACAGAGCCCAAACUGCCCUCCAGAAAAGAGUCAAAUCUUGGUCUGCGCACCUACCGAAGAGAAGACAGGGAGCGGGACCGCGAGAGGGACAAAGAAAUGGACAAGGAUCGAGAAAGGGAGUGGCCUAUUGACUCAAACUUCAAAGGUCGAGGUCGAGGAGAGUAUUACUCCAGAGGGCGGAGCUUCCGUGGGACCUACAGUGGCCGAGGCAGGGGUGGUCGUGGCCGAAGCCGAGAGUACCCUCACAGAGAACCUCGUCCUCGCUCAGAUUUACCUUCUGGUGCAGCUGCAGCCUUCCGGAACAGGGAGGAAAGUGAGACGCGCAGUGAAAGCUCUGACUUCGAGGUUAUACCAAAACGAAGAAGGCGUCGUGGCUCGGACACAGAUUCUGAAAGUGAGGGCGGUAGGGAGUCUGCAAGUGAUACCGGACCUUCAGAUCGUGAGCCCAGCACCAAACCUAGCCGCCCGCUUAGACGUGAGCUCCCUGGUGAGGCCCGAUCAGGCCUGCACAAGCCAGGCUUUGGACCGCCUCACAUGGCCGAAAAGAUGAGCUCAAGAAUGGAUGAUGACAGACCCAAACCAGGAUUUCUUCCUAAAGGAGAGCCUUCUCGCCGAGGAAGAGGAGGCUUGUAUAGCAGACGAGGUGGAGCUAGGGAAAGAGGAGGCCCUCGCUCGGCCCCUCUUAGAAGACCGGCAGCCAGAGAUUCCUCCUCUCAGUGGCCUUCUAAGCCUAUGGAGACCUUCAGACCCGAGGACAUGGAGUCCACUUCACGGUAUGAUCAUCCGCCCUCGGAGCGACGGCCACCGAGAUCCGACGGCAAGAAAUUCAUGGACUCUGCCCCUCAGAGUAGCAGAGAGAGACCCCGCAGGUCCAGACCAGCAAGGCCUCCCAGACAGGAUAAGCCCCCCCGCUUCCGGCGGCUGAAGGAACGAGAAGCUGCAGUUCUAGCAAGCGGAGAUCCGGUCCCAAGUUCUGCUGUCCCUCUACCCGCCAUACCCGCUACUGCUGCCGUCUCCAUGUCUGCAUCGGUAUCUGUCUCACCAACCUUGUCGAGAGCACCAGGAACCCCUGUGACUGUUUCUUCUGAAGCAGCACCUGCACCAAGCCUCCCCUCUCCUCUUGAAGCACAUUUCUCUGAAACAAGCAGCCCCACUGUCACCGCAGUCGGCACCAAGUCUCCCGAUUUAUCCAACCAAAACUCCUCGGAUCAAGCCAAUGAGGAAUGGGAGACGGCCUCAGAGAGCAGUGACUUCAAUGAAAGGAGAGAGCGCGAAGAGAGGCGGGGAGCACAAGCUGCAAACAGUGAAGCGGCCAUUGCCUCCACCCCAGUGCCCGCACCACCCCAGGGGACUUUGACACCCAACAAAAGCCCUCCCGAAGGAGUGGUCUCCCCAAAGCGUGAAGGAGCUGCUGCAGGCAAGAGGAGUUUCUCAAGCCAGAGGCCUAUGGAGAGGCAGAAUCGCAGAGGCAACAGUGGAACCAAACCGGGUCGCAGCUACACUGGUGCAAAGGGGGAGAGGAGAGGUGGAGCCAAAGGUGGCCGUAAAGGCCCUGCCUCUCAGCAAAACAGUGAGACACAAACUGCUGGAGGAGCUCAGAGGCCUGCCAAAGAUCAGUCUGCACGACGCAAAGAUGACACCAAGCUUGCUGUCAAGAAGCCCAAAGAGAACGCUCUGUCUCAGUUUGAUCUCAACAACUAUGCCAGUGUUGUAAUUAUUGACGACCACCCGGAGGUCACCACCACAGAUGACCCACAGUCCAGCACCAACGAUGAUGGCUUCACAGAGGUGGUCUCUCGGAAGCAACAGAAACGACUCCAAGAUGAGGAGAAACGGAAGAAGGAAGAGCAAACCACUCAGACUUGGGGCAAAAAAGGCUCCGGUGACAAAAAUCGGGCCGGAGGAGGAAAACUUCCUCCAAGAUUUGCUAAAAAGCAAUCAUCACAGCAGCAGCAACAUCAGGCGUCUUUGCAAUCUCAGCCUCCAGCAGCACCAGCCCCGCAGACCCAACCACAGCCCCCUGCCGUUUCUGCCCCCCAGCAUCCUCACCUUGCCCCUACCCAGCCAGCUGCCACUUCCCCUCAAACCCUGGAAGUAACGGUGCCGUCCUCAAUCCCGCCAGCCAGUGUAGAUUUCACUUCAAAGAGCUUGCCCCCUGCAGCGGCACAGACGCAUGGCAGUCUGGGUACCGAACUGUGGGAAAAGAAAGUAGCGGUUCCCACAACUCUCCCCGAAGUCAAGAAGCUUGGUCCAAUCAGCCCUCCUCAACCACCUUCUGUAAGUGCCUGGAACAAACCAUUGACCUCCUUUACAGGCACAGUAUCCUCUGAGGGUGGAAAACCUGGAGCAGAGGGCAGUGUAGAACUAGCAAUUGACAGUAUUCAAUUCGGUGCGCCAUCAUCCGCUGGCAGCACCGACAGUGAUGGCGUGCCGGCUCUGCUAGAGACCACUACAGACAACAAGCUUCCUGCUCCCAAAGAACAGAGGCAAAAGCAACCUCGCGCUGGGCCAAUCAAAACACAAAAGCUCCCUGACAUGGAGCCGGUGGAAACAAAGGAGUACAAGCCUGGUCCCAUUGGUAAGGAGCGGUACCUGAAGAACCGCAAGGCUAAAGAUGCUCGUGGAGGGGAAGGCGAUGGGAUUGAGGGAGGCGUGCCGGGCGGAGGUGUCAGCAGGGCUGCAGAGUCCAGUCCUACGACCAGUGACACCACUGUGCCCGAGCUUGGUGGAGACAUUGAGGGCAUGAUCACCGUCCCCUCGGCAGAGUACACCAGCAACUCCAAAGAGUCUGUCACAGACUACACCACACCCUCGUCCUCUCUUGCGGACAGCGUUCCAACAGGAAGCAAUAAAAUGGAAGAGAGUCUGGUAGCCAAUGUGGCGCUACCACACUCUUUGCCUCUUCCUCGACGAGAGACCCUACAGCAGAGCUCUUCUCUCAGCACAGUCUCCCCAGCCACUGUUGACCUAACACUAAAGAUGGAAUCUGCUCGCAAAGCAUGGGAGAAUUCGCCAAGUUUGGAGAAAAACUCCCCGGUCACUUCUUCCUCCUCCCCCAUCACAUCCUGCGCAGCCUCAUACUCUUUCUCCUCUGCGUCCAUGCCACAGAUCCCUGUGGCUUCUGUUACACCAAGCACCUCGCUAUCAGGUUCAGGCACAUACACAACGUCGUCCCUUGGCACCAAAACUACCACAGCCUCUGACCCACCCAACAUCUGCAAAGUGAAGCCCCAGCAGCUGCAAGGCGGAAGCCUGGCCUCGUCCAACAGCACCAGUGGCUUUUCCCAGCUGGGCUGUGUGCCCCCUCUGCUUCCUCAGCAACAGCAGCAGACCCCGCAGGUGUACGUCUCUCAGUCUGCAGCAGGUUCUGCAGCUCAGAUUCCAGCCUUCUAUAUGGACACUAGCCAUCUCUUCAGCACCCCCCACCCUCGCUUGGCUCCUCCCUCUUUGGCACAGCAGCAAGGCUUUCAGCCAGGCCUCUCGCAGCCAACAGCCGUGCAGCAGAUUCCCAUCCCAAUCUACGCUCCGCUGCAAGGCCAGCCUCAGCACCAACACACACACCAGGCCCAGCUUGGACUUGGCACCGGCCCGCCAGUCUCACAGCCUCAGGACCUGUUCAGCUCUGCACUGCAGCCUUACAGGUCUCAACAGGCUUUCAUGCAGAGCAGUCUGUCACAGCCGUCCAUGAUGCUGUCAGGACCCUCCCUGCACAGCUAUCCUGGUGUUCAGGCGCCAGAACUAGGAAAGCCUCAGUCCAGUCUGGCUUACCAGCAGCCCUCGUCCACCCAGCACAUCCCCAUCCUGUUUGAGCCACAGCUCAACCAGCCUUCUGGCAUGGGGGGCUCUCAGCUCAUUGACACCCACCUGCUGCAGGCACGACAGGGGCUAAAUCAGCAUUCAAACAUGUACUCGGGGCAGGUGCAGCAACAUGGCCAGAGUAGUUACUACAGCAACACUCAGUCCCCCUCGUCUGCAAUGCAACAGGUGACGGUCCCCCUGCCAGGUUCCCAGCUCUCACUGGCCAACUUUGGCUCUGGUGGGGGUCAACCCCUCCUGGCGAUGCCCCCCACCCCUCCCCAGGCGCAGCCACCCAACAUCAACCGGCAGCCUCCCGUCUCCCAGCCGUACCGAGGUCUCAUGGGUCCCAACCACAGCAUGAUGCAGCCUCCCACCAGCAAGAUGGACAUGGAUCUCAAACUCUUUGGCGGUGGGAUGGACGUGAAGCCCGGAACGCCUCCAGUCAGCGCGAGGAGCACGACACCUACAUCCAGCCCUUACAGGGCAAGCUCCACCUCCCCCAGCAGCCAGUCUGCAAAGAUGAACAGCAUGUUGUACCAGAAGCAAUUUCAGCCCAACUCUGGCAGCAUGAGAAUGACUCAGCACUUCCCGGGCCAGUUCAACCCACAGAUGCUGUCCCAACCCAACAUGGUUUCCCCCCUGGUGAGAGCGCCUCACGCCAACUCCUUUUCUGGAGGCGUUCAGCGGUCGGCCAUGGGGCCUCCGAUGACAGCCAACGUGGGCGGCGGCCUGAUGCCCCAUCCCAGACCUCAGCAGCACCCGCAGCACAGCCAACACCCUCCACGAGGGCCUGGCGGACCUCCUCUGGCUCCUAGAGGAAUGCAGGCCGCUCUGAAAGCUGAGCAGGACCUAAAGGCUAAACAGCGGGCCGAGGUGCUGCAGUCUACUCACAAGUUCUUCUCGGAGCAACAGCAGCUCAAGGCUCCACAAGCCAGCAAGGUUGUCAAGCCCCCGCUGGAUGUCCCGGCACCCAACCACCAAAUGGGAAGUGAGCGCCCCGACGCAGACAAGCCGCCCGUCUCCUCGGCUAAGCCCAUACGGACCGGGCCCAUCAAACCACAGGCCAUCAAGCCAGAGGAGGGCAAGUAGAGAACAGAUGGGAGAAUCCAGCCACUCUGUCACCACCUCUGUGUGUGUGUGUGUGUGUGUGUUUAUGUGGGGGAGGCACGUAAGCGGGAUCAAGACGGUGUACCAUAUGGAGGUGUGACUGUUUUGACUCGGAUUCGAUUUUCAAAAAUGGCUGCUCAAAAUGCUCCAUAGAAAUCUACUGUGACAGUAAAUGACAAAAGAAUCAAUGAGAUUUGCUGCUGAGUUUUUUUUUUUUUUAUAGCUCAUUUGAGUUGAAAUCCUUUCUUUUUAAACAUUUUUCCCCUAAAUAUGAUCACUUUGGUCCUGUUUAGUUCACAAAAGAAUCAUUCUUUUGUUUUUUGUAGUACAAACAAUCUUGUUGAGGAGAAACGGUUUAACUAACCCAGAGAUAUGUGUGCUUUCACUUGACGGUUUGUCACACACACGCACACACAUUGCCAUCCCACAAAGCCCCCUCAGGCUCAGGCUACACAACGUGAAAUCCAUCUUUUUCUAAUAUGAGAAAAGUGCAGCAGUUUGUUUUAAUCACAGAGGUUGUUCUGUCAUUUCAGUGAGCAUUUGCUCCUGCCUUCCGCUCUCUCACUCUCCCUCUUUCUUGUCUCCUUUCCUGUGUGUGUGCGUGUGUGUGAAUGUGUUUGUGUGUGAGAUGCAUUUGUAAAGGGGGGGCGGUACGCUGGACACUCCCGUAUAUUUAGCCAAAGGUUAAAAAGCGCAGGGAUGACGUUGUAGCCUUUUAGGAUGGCUUGUUGAUGAUUGGACUCACACGCACACACAUACACAGACACACAAACACACUUUCACUUUUAAGCAGCCAGACCUGCUACUCGUGUCUGAUUUCAGUGCCCUAAGCUGGAUUUGAGGCAGCCAGCCAUUUCAGGGCUGUUUGUCGACACGAUAGACAUGGCGUUGAACCCUCACAACAACAAAAACAAGACUUGGAAGGAGCUGAAAUGUGAAUUAUGCAGCAUGUAUGGGCAGAUGGACACUUGUUUUUUUUUAUUACUGAUGAGAGCAAUCAGUGCUGUUUCCUAUCUCCACUGCUGCCUCCUAAACAACCAACCAACCAUACUCUCAUCGUUUGGCUUUUGAUGGCUCCUUCAGUGAGUUUUCUGAAGUGGAGUUCUUUGCUUUUGGAGGAUGGAUGAGUGGAGGGAGGGUGGUGAUUUUUCUUUUUUUGUUGUUGUACUUGUACAGGGGUUACAUCGCUGUAUUAAAAUAUGUACGGUCUUAUUUACAUUCUCUUGGUUUGGUUACAGAAACUAAUAAAAAUAAUAUACUGUUCA